AUGAUCAUACAACUAUUUGCUCUUUCUGCUGUUCUAGUAAGUGGAACUGAGUGCAUUUUAUAAAGAUAAUCUUGCUAAAACAUCAAAACUUAAAUAUAAUGUGAGAAUACAAACAAUCCAUUUGCAAAAUGUGAGUGGGAUAACACUUGCAAAAGUAGAUCUUACGAUUCUUGUUAUUAAUUCUUCACAGUACAGGAUUGUUUAAGAGAUAACAGUUAAUAUAGAAAUUUUAUGUGUUAUUGGAACGGAGGAGAGUGUAUGAAGAGAGUUCAAAAUUAAGAUAUAUUUGGAGAGAGAACUAAAGACUUAAAAUGCGAAGAUAUAGAUAAUUAUUCUGAUUGCAGCGAAUAAAGAGGAUAACCAUUACUUUGUGCAUGGUAUCACAAUCGCUGUAAAGCUAUAGAGAAAUGUUCUCAAAUUACUGACUUCAAAUAGUGUAGAAACGCCAGAACAAGAGACAGAUGUCAAUAUGUAGUUAAUAACUUAGCCUCUAAUUAAGAAAAAGAGGAAAUGUAUUCUACAGAUAUUUUCGAUUUUAGAAGUUGUAGAAGUUAAGAUUGCUAAUUUAAUACGCAUUCUGAUUGUCCUACAUUUAGAAAUGGAAGAAGAUGUUUCUUAAAAAAAGGAAAAUGUACACAAUGUUCCUACUUCACCAAUCCAAAUGAUUGUAUAGCUACUAAUAAAUGUACUUGGUAGAAUUCGCAGUGCUCGAACAUAAUAUGUUCUUAAAUCACAAGUAAAAGAUUGUGCAAUCAAUACAAUUAUUGUCAAUAUGACUUUACUACUCAAUAAUGUUAACAAAGCAAUUAAAUUCCACUAAGUCAUUGCUACACCUAUGACAUCAGUUCUGAUCCCAUAUAAAAAAAAUACAACAGUUUUAUAUGA